AUGACAUCUCCUUGUUGUUAUUUUUUAGUGAAAGCGGUUGCAUAAUUAAAGUUGUUUGGCCCAAUUUAAAUGAACUCAUUGCCCUAACCAGUAAAUUAUUGUUCUACGGUCUUAGCCUAAAAUUAUUUUUCACAAAUCAAAUUUAAAAUGUUUGCCACACAAUUGCCGAAGAACGUAAUACGUCGGUGUUGCAGUGCGAACGCGUUUGAAGCAGAUGUUCGAAACAAUUUCUGUGCUACAAGUUCAUUUCAGAGAAGCGUCUUGAUAGCGGGUUCCGCGCUCGUGUCCAUACUGAACCCAUACCGAGGCGACAUGAUCGCAUGUUUUGCGGAACUAAGCGGGGAACGUGUUUUGAGGGAUUUGAGAGCGAAAAUGGAACGGUCAUCCGAGGGAGCCCGAAUUCUCGACGAUCAGCCUCGUAUCAACACUCGCACUGUACUAUUAGACCAUUUAAGCGGUCUACCCGAAGAUACGUUGGGUAAAACGUAUUUCGAUUUUCUAAAUAAAUACCGUGUCACCCCCGACGAGCGUGUUAUGGUCCAGUUUAUAGAAGACCCUGGGUUAGCCUAUGUAAUGCAGCGGUAUCGCGAGAUCCACGACCUCAUCCACACAGUGCUUCUCAUGCCCACAAACAUGCUCGGCGAAGUAACUGUUAAAUGGGUGGAAGCGCUCCAAUUUAAGCUGCCGAUGUGCGUGACGGGUGCCAUUUUCGGCCCCAUCAGGCUCAAACCGAAGCACCGCAACUUGUAUUUGACGCAGUAUUUGCCGUGGGCCGUCAGGACCGGAAACAACGCUGAGUUUUUGCUCAACUGCUACUUUGAGAAGAGAUGGGAGCAGAAACUAAGCGAUUUUCAUAGGGAAUUCAACAUUCAACCACUUGCUAUUUAAAUAUCACGCACAUGAAUUUAGAUUCAAUGAUUAUGAUUGAGGCUGUGUUAGUUUUAGUCAGUUUAAAAAACCUUAUUGGAUUUCAAAUGCGUUCAAUGACGUCACAACUACUUUAUACAAACUUUACAGUUUACAUAAAAUUAGACCAAGAUUAUUAGACAAAGUAUUUACAUCAGUUUGAAUUGAGCAGUUUUACUUUUAUGCCACUUUUGUGAGCGUUACCGGACCCGCUGUUUUUCCUAUUCACGCCGCCGAAUGGUCUGUUGUGGAAGCGGGGAAGUCGUUUUCUUGUGAUUAGUCCAAAGUAUAAUUUUACCUGACAAUACAUGGGUUGGUUAGUGACCAACAAUAGACGUCCAAAGAAUUUGUGUCCCUCUUCAAAUGUGUAGAGGCAAGAGAGAUUUCAGGUCUUACUCCUUUUUUCUCAAAAAAUUCUAUUCUAUAACAUUAGUAAUCGAUUAGUUAUUGCGGCCUAUUACAACUUAAAUCAGACUGAUAACUGUAGUGCACUAAGGAACAUGGUGUUUGUUUUUUUAUCAAUCCGUCUUUGAUCACAUACAAUAUUAAUCAAACACCUUUUAUUCUCCAUGCCUUCGUCUUUCUCUUUCUGCGAACCGACAGUUAAAAUCGACCACAGAAAACGACAUUCUCCUUCUACUUCUAAAUGGUAACAGUGGCGCUUAAAAUACAACUUUCUAAAACACAUUACGACUUUAGCAAAUCUAAGAUGAUCUCAAAUUUAACAAAGUCUGUUCUAACUAGGCUUAGAAACAUAACUCUAAUGACAAACGUAUUCGUCAUAACUACCUGGGGUCGCGGGAAUUAAGAACCAGAAGUUUGAAGAAUGAAUUUCUGAGAAUUACUUGAUUAUUCUGGCUUGAAUUGCGGUACCCAGUGUUUUGAUGACCUGGAAUGGUUUUGGGCUAUAGUAAGGAGUUAAAAUAUUUCCUUUUGUUUGUUUGCGCAAUUCAAAGUCACCAACUUUAAAGUUGUGAUCUUUAGUUUUGCUUUUUGCUUCAAUAGCUGGAAUAGCUGGUAGAAAAUUCUUCAUUUUUUUUUAAUGAUUUCAAAAGGAGACUUUUCAGUAGUCAGUAGUGUGCUUCUAUAGUUUACUAAAAACUUAAAUUUUAUGGUCAAAUUUCGAAAUAUGAACACAACAGUCCCUUUUUUGUUGUUUUGACAAAUCUUUCUACCAUACUAUUUGCUUCUGGUCAAAUCGGUGUUACUCAAGUAUAUUUACUAUCAUGUUUUUUUAAGAAGUUUCUCAAUCCUUGUCCAUUGAAUGUCUGAUUUAAAAGUUGUGGGAAAGCCCCAAGUAGCAAAAAUGUCAUUUAAUGCAGGUCUCAUGUGUGAAAACUCAGUUGAUUUGACUACUUCAAUCGCUGGAUAUCUGGAGUAUUCAUCGAUGACUAUGAACAAAUAUUUGUUAUGGAAUGGUCCCGCAAAAUCAACAUCGAUACAUUGAACAGAAUCUUGGCUCUCUAUUCUGGAUCUUCGUAACAACUUGACAUGGCAUACAGGUUUUGGUUAAUUGGAUGUUAUCAACACUGUUUAGUGAUGAAGUUGUAAAGAAACAUGAUGCUCAUUUAUAAAUAAAUAAUCAGUUGUUCAUGGUCCUAUUUGAACUGAUGGAUAGUGUUAAAUUAAAAUAUUGGUGGGAAUGUUCAGAUGAUUCCUAAAAUCGAUAAUCAGCUAGUUUAGACCUUAAUUUUUCAAAGAAACUUCCACAGGCUACUGUAAUGAGUUUUACAAAACUUCUGGAUUCCUCCUGCGUCGGUUUUUGCUUAGU